UGUAUGCACACUGGGAUAUAUCCAACCCGCCAUAGUGUUGUUGGAAAACGCGUUUGGCAACACAUCUUUAGAAAUAUUUUUAGGGUGUAUUUCCUCGUCUAUACUUCAGCGUAUGGCACAUUGACCAGUUUGGACAAAAUACACAAGGAUGGCUCUUGACUACGGUGGGUCAAAAUCCUCCUAUCCAGGUGUGACAGGACCCCUGAGUCUCACAGAGCCUAAGCCUUAUGACUUGGAGCUGACAGAGAAAUUAGUGGAUGCUCUUCGUCCUCAUGAUGUGUUUGAAAGUGAAGCUGAACUGAAUCAUCGGCUUGAAGUUCUUUCCAAGAUAAACAACAUUGUUCGUUCUUGGAUCAAGGAUGUAAGCAGACAAAAGAACAAUAUUAGAGACACGCAUAUUGACACAUAUGGUGGCAAAGUGUUCACCUUUGGAUCCUACCGCAUGGGUGUGCACACUAAAGGUGCUGAUAUUGAUACCCUGUGUGUAGCCCCUCGCCAUGUGGAGAGAUCAGACUUCUUCAAAUCCUUCUUUGAGUUACUUAAACAGCAGCCAGAAGUGAGGGAUUUACGGGCAGUUGAGGAAGCUUUUGUACCUGUUAUCAAAGUGGAGUUUGAUGGUAUUGAGCUGGAUAUGUUGUUUGCACGACUUGCACUGCCCACAAUUCAGGAAGACAUCAAUCUUGGAGAUGAGACACUGUUGAAAAACCUAGACGAGAAAAGUGUGAGGAGUCUCAACGGUAUACGGGUCACUGAUGAGAUUCUUCAUUUGGUGCCAAACCAAGAAAACUUUCGCAUGACUCUUCGAGCGAUUAAAUUGUGGGCUAAAAAGAAGGGUAUCUAUUCCAAUGCCUUGGGUUACCUGGGUGGAGUGUCAUGGGCCAUGUUGGUGGCCCGGGUUUGUCAGCUGUACCCCAAGGCCGCUCCAGCCACUAUUGUGCACAGAUUUUUUCUGGUCUUCUCAAAAUGGGACUGGCCAUCUCCUGUGUUAUUGAAGCAACUUGAUACGGAAAACAGAUUGGGCUUCCCAGUUUGGGAUUCAAGAAUAAAUGCAGCUGAUCGUUUUCACUUGAUGCCUAUCAUAACACCAGCAUACCCACAGCAAAAUUCCACAUAUAAUGUCACACAGUCCACCCGUACCAUCAUUAUGGAUGAAUUUCAUGAAGGUUUGAAUGUUGUCACACAUAUUUAUGAAGGAAGAGAGGAAUGGAGUCGGUUGUUUGAGCCGUCUGACUUUUUCCACAAGUACAGACAUUACAUCGUUGUGAAAGCGAGUGCAGAAGAGGAGCCGCAUUAUUUGGAAUGGAAGGGGUAUGUGGAGUCCAAGAUCCGUCUGCUGGUGGGCAACCUGGAGCGUAAUCCCAGCAUGAAGCUGGCUCACAUCAUGCCGUACUCCUAUGGCCCGAUCAGCGAGAGUGAAGGCCAGUACAUGUGCAAGUGGUUCAUUGGUUUGUCAUUUGGUCUGGUGACCCAAAGUUCUCAACCGGGGGCCAACGUUGAUCUCACUUAUGACAUACAGUCCUUUUCAGACAUUGUUCACAAACAAGCCAUGCACAUAAACCUGUACAAAGAGGGUAUGAAAGUGGAGAUUCAGUAUGUUAAAAAGAAGCAUCUGCAACAGUUUGUCACGCCUCAAAUUUUGAAUCAAGGGCGGUUAAGAAAAAGGGACAGUGGCAAACACUCAGGGGGCAAUGCUCGGCGAUCGAGCAUGGACAAAGGGGCGAGUGUCUCAAUGCCAGGAGUGAAGUCGGACCUGGACACUGAGUUGGGCAAGGCCAUCGUGUCGGCAGAAGAAGACGAGACGUCCCAGGAGUCUGCGGGCUAUGAGUCACAGACCAACCACUCAACCAACGGGCCACUGGACUCUGAGAGCAUGCAGUGGAAUGCCUCGGAGGGGUCUAGUGGUGUUGGUACGGCCUCUGUACACGGGAGCAAGGAGGACUUGGAGUUGGAGGACAAGUCAGACAAUGCUGGGGGAAGCCCCAGUUCACAGGACAGUGCCCAGGAUGCUGCAUCCAAGAGGCCGGGCUCCCCUUUCCAUAACGACACACCUCCCAAGAAGUCCAAGGAACUGGAAAACCAGGUCCCUGGUUCACCCAUGCAGGUUGAUGAGAAAAACUCCUCCUCUUCUUCCUCCUCAUCGUUAUCGACGUCAUCAUCACAGUCUCACAUUUCAUCGCACCAACAACAGCCAUCCCUCUCCACUGAAGCAGCAAAGUCUAUAGCCAACAAGCAAUUAGAUCGCCACCCAAGCAAUGAGUUGUCAGACCUGACAAGUCCCCAACCUAUCAAUGCCACAGGGUUCUUACAACCACUGAAGAACUCUAUUAAGCUCAAGCUGAAGUAAUUUUGCUGUCUUGUUUGACUUCCCAGGGAAUUUCUUUUUCCAGUCACGCCUAGGCUGCCCUCCCCUCCCCCCUCCAGCUGUCUGUCCGGUGGGUGGGGCUUCACUGUGUGGCAUUGUCCAGGAGGUGGUUUUAUCACAGAAAUAUUUAGGGGAGGUGACUCCUUAAAAGACGUCCUAAGUGGAACUGUUGCCUGCAGCAGUCUUGUAUAGCCAUGUGGGUGUUACUUGUGCCGUCAAUUAAAAAAUAAAAAAUAAGGUUUUGUGCCAGUUGGUCACUCCGCUUUUUUCUGUGGAGGCAGCCUUGGCUUAUUUCUGCUUCUGAAGUGGAGAAGUCGACGACCAUGACCGAUUCAUGACAGUCGGGGGUGAACCAUUUAUCUGAUGCUUCUGUAAUUCUGGAAAACUUGGUGAAACAAGGUAAUUGUUUCUGCUAUGAAGUUUGUGUCCCAGAUCUUGAUUUGAUUCUUGUGUCAUUUUGGAUGUAGUCCAAUAAGUUCAAGAAUUUGUGUUGGGAUUCUUGUUGUACAUCGUGAUGGGGCAGAGGAUAGGUACUGACCGUUACAGAGGAUCACUACUGACCACUACACUGCAGAGGAUUACUACUGACAGAUACAGAAGAUUACUGUUGACCAUUACAGAGGGUUGCUACUGACAGGUACCGAGGAUUGCUAUUGACCGUUACCGAGGAUUGCUACUGACAACAGGUACCGAGGAUUGCUACUGACCGUUACAGAUGAUUGUUACUGACCAUCACAGAUCUGUGAUUUUUUUGUGUGUACGGGCUCUACUUGCGCAGUAUGGCCUUUCUUUAAUUGGUGUCGACACUUUCUUUGAUGUCGUGAUAUAAUUUUUCAGUUCUUCCUUUGGAUGGAGGUAUCCCAAUCUCGUUAUUUUUUAUUUUGCAUACUUUCUGUGCUUAUUGGUUUCAGGAUGGCCCUGACAGUCAGGAUGGAAGCAGAAAUUAUGAUUAUUUUGUCUCAACGCCUUAGGUUGACAUAGCGGAGGUCACGGAAAUCUGCUUGUCUUAAAAUAAAUGUUUGCAUUAGUACAGUUGAAGAAUGAAUUGGGGGGGAUUCAACUCUUUUUGGCUUAAUAUAGUUUUUUAUGUAGGCAUUUAGUCUGAGUGUGCAAUGAUUCUAGAUUUUUACUGAAAGCAAAUGAACACUGUGUACUUGGUUAUGUUCCAUCAAAAUUGAGUUAGACGUCAAAUGUUAGUCAAGAUGUUAUAACAUAAGGACGUAUCUGUAAUACCGUGACUAAUUUAACUGAGAACGAUGUUUCAAAAUAUUUAAUUAGAAGUAAGUUUGUUUUUCUUGUUUCUUUUGUUCAGAGUGUAUUAAUUUCUAUGCCAUGUAAACAUUAAGCAUGCAAAAAUUGGUUUAUUGGCUUUGAAAAUUUGUGACUAUAACACUGUACGGUUUUAAUUUGCUGUAGAUUUAGUCAGGGAAUUAUGAAGAUGAUGACACACUCUGUUAUUACUUACUCAUUAACACCCCAAGCAUAGAGUUGUUUUUCUGACAUAUGUUAUUUCUGCCAACUCUUACUCACUUUCUAGCUUGAAAUUGUUUGAUUCUGGAACUGUGCCUGUCUGUUGUUGUUUUGAAGUUUUCCGUAUGGUGGGUUUUGGGUUUUAAAAUAUUUUUUCCUCCAAGUUUUGAUUUCCUUUCAGUAAGUGGAUCAGCUUGGACAACAAAUAAAACAUAAAGAUUACACUGAGAACAUUGAGAGUUAGCACUAUUGACACAGUUUACCUCAGUAUGAUUCUUGGGGGGGGGGGGGGGGGGGGAUAUGAAACGUGAUUGCACAAGGAAAGCACAGUCAACUUUUGUACUUUCAACAUGUUUCUGAUCAAUAUCUACUAGUUGCAGUUAUUAUAUUAUACAAUUUUUCACUCAGUGGGAACCUUACUGGGAUAGGAGUUGAAUGUCCAACCUGCACAGAGUAUUUGUAAGGGCAUUAUCACCAAUAACACUAUUGUAGUUUCAAUAGGUGAAAACAGUUUCCUGCAUUUCUUUAAUCACAAACUGUAGUUGGUUUCCAUAAAAGAUAGACGUCAUUCAUGAAAUUGAGGAGUGUCUAAAAUGAAUGAACAAAGAAAACGGGUCAUUGAAUAUUACUGUCAAGGUAUUAUUUUGCUCCCUAUCAUCACCUUUCAUUCUCCUUUGUAUUUGCUGUUGCUAUCAUCAGACUUGUUGGUCUGGGGCACUUCAGUCUUGUCUUCUGUUAGUUUUCUGUUCUGCUGGUUUUUGCCUGCUGUUUCUUUUGGACAACCCCAUCAGAGCUUGACUGUUUUUACUUCUGUGUCAGUCUUCAUUCACGAGGGCUCUCUUUUAUUUUGCUAUCAUAGCAGCUGUGAAAUUUUAUAAAUUUUGUGUUUGAAGUCUUGUGUUGAUUCGUUUUCUUUGAUCGACGUAUCAUUAAUGAACAAGGCGUUCACCACAUGGAGAUCAUAAUUGCAAGACAUUACUCUGUCUAUAAAAUAUACCUGUAGACUUGAAAACAUUUCUCCAACAUAAUUUAGAUACUAUACUAUUACCGUGCAUAUUUUUUUGUUUGAUUUCAAUUUUUCAUCCCAUUUUUUGCCAACACGUGGCACACAAAAAGAAGGAAAAAAAUAACCGGAACAGGUUGAUCUUGAAAAAGUAUCCAGUUUUCACAGUCCAUGUUGCUAUUUUGUACUGCCUGAUGUAAACUACUUUGUUUUGAGCUAUUGAUUGCUAAAUACUUAAUUAUGGGAUGUUGAGAGAUUUUUAAUUUUUUUGGUGUGUGUUUUAUGUCAUUUUUGUUCAAACAUGUUGCCAAGUUUUGUGGUGUAUAGCUAGGAGAACCGUAUUAUACUUUAGUGGAGAAGGAGCAAUUUUCUUGACGAGUGAGCCUCCUAUGGUUUGCCUACAGGCGUCUGAUGUAAUAGUUACACUAUUUGCCAUUGACACACAGAGGGUGUUAAAUUAACUAGUAGAGGGGUUAAAAUUGUACAGGAGCAUUAUAUCUUACAUGUACAGUUUUGCCUGUGGAGUUGUGCCUCUGGAGGUAUUGCAGGAGGUUAAAGGGUGUCACUUGUAGAUUUUACAUUACUUCUUUCUUUUCCCCUUGUUUCUGCCUGUCUUGCUUUUUCCCAGUGCUACUUGGCAGUUAUUCUAUUGACAUGCACUCUCUUUGGUCAAACAAAGGUUAAAGAUUAUACCAUAUUUGCUUUUGAGGUCUCUGAACUCUUUCCUUUACUUCUGACUGAAUAUCCUGCUGGAGUUUCCUUUGCUCAUGGCUAUGAUUCUGGAAAGGAAUGACUUGUUUAUUAGUUCAUUUCCAUAAUCAUUUUAAUUUUGCCAGAAGUAGUUGAAGGAAGGCUGUACUUGCUGUUUUUGAAACACACUAUAUGUGAGGCAUCGUGGUGAAAUCAGGCACUCGUCGAAAUAACAAAAUCAGAGUAACGGGCACUAUUCCACCCGUUUGGCAAUUUUAUGGUUUUUAAAUUAUUUUUUUUGGAAGCCAUAACCCAUUUAUGGGCAUACAAAAACAUAUUUCCACAUGAAUUUGAUUGAAAAACGUUGAUUAAAGGCACAAACUAUGUCAUUUUCCAGUUUAAAGGACUCUAUUGGAGUUACCGAACCUUGGCGGCCAUUUUCUUGUUAGUUUCACCACUGAAAACAGGCGACCUCGCCUCCUCUGUCGCAAAUAUCUUGACUUUUUUUUCAAGAUAGAUGCCGUUUUUUUUUCAUUGAAAGCAAAACAAAUGAAUAAGCUUUCAGAUGGUACCAAUAUCUCAAUAUGCUGAAAAAACUGACAGGUGCCUGAUUCCACCGCGUCUUGACACAUAUAUGAUCGCUUUCAGAGAUUUGAUUUUAGGCACUUGAAAUUGUUUUUCAGGGUGGAAUGGGGGUUCAUUGUUGAACAAUAUAAUUGUUUUGGCUUGAGAAUAUUUGUAGAAAAGGGCAGUCUUUUAUUGUAAAGUAAGAUCCUCACUGUUGAUAAAACCCAUAUGAUCACUUUCUUCAGUGGUUUGAUUUUGGGUUUGUGGACUUAUUUAUUGGGUGGGGGGAUUGUUGAGGUUUGUGACUGGGGUUGUUCUGUUUGGGGCUUUUGGGGGGGUCAACACUUUUUCACAGUGUAAAUACAGAGAUCUGGACGUUUUUUUGUGAAUAUUUUGGAUUGGUGUGCACGUGUGGACAGUGUUUGAUUGAAAUAAUCUGUUUGUAGAAGAAAAGUUCCUAUGUUUUCUCUUGUUCACACUUUGUGAAUAGAAAAUGUUUAAUUAUUAUAUUUUGUGAUGCUUUCUGUUGUUGAGCAUCCGCAUUGUUGAAUAACCAAAUGGAGUUAUGUUGAACACUUACAGGUGUGAUGUAGUGUGUACGACUGUUACAACUUGCAGCAUUUAUUCGAGAGGACGGUAAAGUUUGCACUUUUCUGGAAGUUUGUUGUGUCCCAGAAAGCUAUGAUUUUCCUAGAUUGUCUCUUGUCUGACAAAGUUUGUACUGGUGUAUCACUGUCAUUUUGUGUACUGAAUGUCAACCGGUCUCUUUAGGGAUUGUUUAGUAAGCUGCAAAGACUGUUACGACAGUUAGGACUAGUCGGUACCUGUAGAAUGAUGUGCUCUGUUUGACCUCUGUACGUUGCUUCUUUUUUUUCUUUAAACAGACUAUAUGUCUACCAGCGACCACGGUGUAGUGGUUUGGUCCUUCGCUGUUGCAGGUAGAAAUUGUCGGUUUUGGAUUCCUCCUCUCUUCUUCUUUCUGUCUGUCUCUCUGUCUGUCUGUCUGUCUGUCUGUUAGGUUGCUGUGUCCCACUCAGCCCAGGUUGGUCCUGAUGGGCUUUGUGUAAGCAGCCUAUGUUGUAAAUGGUCUAAAAACAUUUACAUACGUUCAAUCAUUUAUGCCCUCUUUUGCACUGUUUGUUUCUAGGUCUGUACUUCCCACAUGACGGUUACUUGGAUUCUUUCUUUUCUCUAGCUGUUGUGUUGGUGCAUUGAGUAAGGUCAAGGUCACAGUGAUGUUGUUGCACCUUUAACUAUUCAUGUAUACAUUUCUUUUGUUGUUUUGUUUGUUUCUAAGGACAUACGGCCUGAGCCCCUUGAAGAGUUAAUAUUUUAAUGAUAAUAAUGACAAAAUAAAGAUUUCAUGAUAUUUAAACACAUACAUCCCUGCUAGAAUGUUGGGGCUUGUUCUAGUUGUAGUAGCUUGCCUUCGGCUGAGUGACAAGUGUCAUUGUCACUGAUUUUUUUUUUUUUUUUUCAUUUUUCAAAAUUUAUGUCAACAUGUGUUUUGUCCCAAAAAGAAGUGCUGAAUGAAUCCACAGUUAUGGAUAGGGCAACCAUUUUUACGGUAGUUACUACAGAAAUUUCUGAAUGAUCUGUCAUCAGGAAGCAAUAUAUACCAUCAUUUCUUCAGAAUUUCUCUUUUGCGAAGGGGACUGAAUAAACACAUGUGACAUGUGACUCUGUUUUGGUGUAGAUGCUGCUCAACAUCCUGAGAAUAAUGUGGUGUUGGGUUGGGUUUUUGAAAAUUAUUGUGUUAUUCACCUCAUUUCAUUUCAGGGAAAUCUAUGUUUGUUGUCUGGUUUCAUUGCUGCCAUCCAAAAAAUGUAUUCCAGGAUUUUUUUGAAAGAUAUGGGUACACAUGACACGUACUUGGGCAAGAACAAGUUCUUCCGGGGGAUCCGCUGGCCUGAUAAAAAUCAUAUGGACAGCUGGUUCAGGGAAUGUGUUUUGAAUUAAUGUUGGGGCUAUGGUGAUGGUCCCCGCCAAUUGUUUUGUUCUCUCAAGCCCUUGACUUUGGGCACCUAAAGGAUUUAUCUCUAUUUUUGUCAGUGGGAAAGAAAAAUAUUUACAGUGUAACAGUACAGUCAUCAUUCACCCUCAGCUGACCAGUGUCCUAACUUGUGGCUGUGUUUCCGUGAAGAAUUGUGUCCAGGGAGGCUUUUUCAGUUACAAUGUGUAGAAGAUGUUGCAAUCACAGUUUGCCCGAAAGUGGGUUUGUUAUUUGUUUAUAAUGUUAUUCACCUUCUCUUGCGAAUGCUGUUCCUGGUGUCUCAUGUCUGCAUGUAGGUUUUGUGCUGAGGUGUAGGUAACUAGAUGACCCUGUAGUUGUGCUGUUGGCAAGGCUGUUGUCCUUAUUAUUUUGUCUGGAUCUCCUAUUGCAAUGGCGGUAAUGAGUCUGCAACAUAGUGGUAUGCACUUUGCCUUGCAGGCAUGUGUUAAGGUAAAUGUUUUCUGCUGAUAUGCGUGUCGUUGCCAAAUUGCGGAGUGCCACUUCCCCAGGAUAGGUGGUUGGUGGGGUUUGCUACUUUUUUCCUUCAGUAAAACCUCGAACGUUGGGCACUUAUAUAAACAUAUAUGUUUAUGUUGCAAGUGCCAAAAAAUUCUCUCUAAAAUUAUUACCAAACACACACACACACCCAACUAAAUCCCUCUGCAGACUUAAGGCCCACAAUGUUGAGAUUUUCAUCUUUCUAUUGGUGUGUGGUGUACAGCACAGUCCAUCUUGGCCUUAACGGCAAGAGUUGGCAGCAUGGAUGGUUGGCAGGAUGUGCUCUGGUGUGGUUUGCCCCUUCUUUACUAUUCAACAUCUGUUGUCUUUGUCUCUUACCCUUUUUGUGUUUGCUUAGUGUUCUCUCUUGUUACACUUGUAACACAUCUGAUCUGGGCAUUUAUUUUGCCUAAUAAUUGUGUUGCAAGUGCUGUAAAAUACUUACUGAAACAAAAAAACCCCCAAAAAACAAGAGUCGAAGCAGCCUCCAAAAAAAAUA